AUGACUUCGCUCCGCCCUAAUAUUAUUCUGCUCAAGCAAGGAACGGAUUCUUCCCAAGGUAUUCCUCAGAUUAUUUCUAACAUCAACGCCUGUGAAGUGAUUGCGGAUAUCGUCCGCACGACGUUGGGUCCGAGGGGCAUGGACAAGCUGAUUCAUUCAGCGAACCGCGAGCCGACUAUCACUAACGACGGGGCUACUGUCAUGAGUUUACUUAAUAUCAGCCAUCCCGCGGCUAAGUUGAUGUCGGACAUCUCGAAGGCUCAGGAUGAUGAAGUCGGAGACGGCACUACGUCAGUGGUAUUGCUCGCAGCUGAGUUGUUGAAGGAAGCGAAGAUGUUCCUGGAGGAAGGCCUACCACCUCGGGCUCUUCUUAAGGGCUAUCGGAAGGCACUUGAACUGGCACUGGACAAACUCGAGGAGGUUGCAGUAGAUCUGACGGCCAAGGCCCCUGAGGAAAAGAGGGCUAUGUUGGUGAAGUGUGCUGAGACUACUCUAAACAGUAAACUUGUUAGUGGUCAGAAAAAGUUCUUUUCCGACAUGGUGGUUUCAGCGGUACUGAUGCUUGACCAGGACUCCCUCCCUGUCAACAUGAUUGGCUUCAAGAAGGUCCCGGGUGGCUCCCUGACUGAGUCGAGACUGGUUGAUGGAGUAGCUUUCAAGAAGACUUUCUCGUAUGCUGGUUUCGAACAACAGCCGAAGUACUUCAAGAACCCGAAGAUUCUCCUACUCAAUUUGGAGCUGGAGUUGAAGGCUGAGAAAGACAACGCUGAGGUGCGCAUCUCGAAUCCGGAUGAAUACCAGGAAAUUGUCGAUGCUGAAUGGAAUGUGAUUUACGAGAAGUUGGAUAACAUCGCUAAGAGCGGCGCUCAAGUGGUCCUGUCUCGUCUGCCGAUCGGAGAUCUAGCGACUCAGUAUUUCGCCGAUAGAAAUAUAUUCUGUGCUGGUCGGGUCGAUCAAGAUGAUAUGAAUCGAACUCUGUUGGCUGUUGGUGGUUCGGUGCAAACGACUGUAAACGGCCUCACUGACGAUGUUCUCGGUACUUGUGGGAAUUUCGAGGAAAUCCAGAUUGGAAAUGAGCGCUACAACAUCUUCCAUCAGUGCCCUCAAUCUAAGAGCGCAACCAUAAUCCUACGCGGAGGCGCUGCACAGUUCAUCGAAGAGGCUGAGCGCUCUCUUCACGAUGCUGUCAUGGUCGUCAGAAGGGCUCUCAAGUGCUCCAAGAUCGUCGGUGGUGGCGGGGCUAUCGAACUUGAGCUUUCGCGAUAUCUACGUGAGUACUCAAGGACGUGUACAGGAGCCGACCAAGCUGUUAUUAAUUAUUAUGCAAGGGCGCUCGAGUGCAUCCCUCGUACGUUGGCUAAGAACAGCGGUGCUGAUGCUACUGACCUGCUGAAUAAACUACGUUAUAAGCAUGCAGAGGGAUUGGUGGGCCGAUGGUAUGGUGUUGACUGCUAUAAUUGCGACAUUACUGAGACUGUGGAGAACUUCAUUUGGGAGCCAGUCGUGGUGAAGCGGAACGCUCUGGCGGCAGCGACUGAGGCGGCUUGUAUGAUUCUUAGCAUCGAUGAGACGGUUACUAACCCGAAGUCUGAACAACCUGGCGGCGGCAAAGGAGGCAUGCCUAUGGGCAAAGGGCGUGGUAUGAUGGGUGGUAAAGGAAUGGGUCGUCGAUAG